AUGGACGGUAUAGACGAUGAUCAGGCAACUGAUGAAGGGUCGUGGAACGCCAGGCAAGAAGAGAUCAAAAACACUUCUGAUAAAGAUAUGUGGAAAAUGACCAACAGCGCGGUCCCCAAGACAUCUUUUUGUACCGUAUUUAAGCAAAGAAAACAUGGAAUGGUCCUUUUUCCGGAUGAUUGUAAAUUUGGUCUCUCUAACUCUGGAUUUGAAGAUGAUGGAUGUGAUGAUGAUAGGAAGGAAAGCAUUUGCGGUACAUCAGUUAGGAAGGAAAGAAACUCUGUGACUUUCGAUCCUUCUGGGUUUCUGGAAAUGCCGUCAAUGAACGGAACAGAACGACAGAGGUUUAAUCUCGAUCACACGUCUAACAACAAAACGAGUCUGGAUGAAAGUACGCAAGAUUUUCCAAAACAGCACGUCAGAAAAAUCGAAAGAAUAGAAGGUUGCGAUGACACAAAUAAUUCGUUAACUUCAGCGGAUAACCCUGAUCUUCAUGGUCUCCCUGUUCAAUCGACAAGUUCUAUAUCUGAGGGAAGAAGUCCAAAAGGAAUCAAAAACUGGCUAAAAGAUCCAAACGUGUACAUGCGAAGUCUUCUGCAGAAGUUUGUCGUUGCUAUGUUUGCUGAGGGGAAAACUGAUCUAGAAGUACAGCUUCUUGAUCGUGAACACAAGAUGAGUCCACUAACGCUUGAUUUUGACGACAUCCUUUUGAGAUUACAACACGAAAAGCAGAAACAACCAACAUGUUUUGGUGUCAUGGAAAACCAAGUUACAAUAGACGGUAAAGCCGACGAUCAUGCAACUGGUGAAGAGUUGUGGAACGCUAGACAAGAAGAGAUCAAAAACACUACUGAAAAAGAUAUGUGGGAAAUGACCAACAGCGCGGGCUCUAAAACAUCUUUUUGUACCGUAUUUAAGCAAAGAAAAAAAAGAAAGGUGCUUUUUCCGGAUGAUGGUAAAUUUGGUCUCUCUAACUCCGGAUUUGAAGAUGAUGGAGAUGAUGAUGAUAAGAAGGAAAGCCUUUGCGUUACAUCAGUUAGGAAGCAAAAAAAGUCUGUGACUUUCGAUCCUUCUGGCCUUUUUGAAAUGCUGUUAAUGAACGGAACAGAACGACAGAGAUUAAAUCUCGAUCACACGCCUGACAACAAAACGAGUCUGAAUGAAAGUAUUCCAAAACAACACGGCGGAAAAAUCGAAAGAAUAGAAGGUUCCAAUACCACAGAUAAUUCACUAACUUCAGCGGAUAACCCUGAUCUUCAUGGUCUCCCUAUUCAAUCGACAAGUUCUACAUCUGAGGGAAGACGUCCAAAAGGAAUCAAAAACUGGCUAAAAGAUCCAAACGUGUACAUGGUAGCCAUUAUCUUUACAUGUACACGCCUUGCACAGGACUCUGUAUACAGCUAUUUACCGCUAUUCCUCACAGAGAGAUUAUCAUUCCCCAAGGCAGCUACCGCUUAUUUUCCACUCGUCCUCCUAACCAGUGGCUCUUUAGCGAGUUCAGCCUGUAAGAAACUGAAAAGGAAAAUUGGAAGUAAGUGGAGCUACCUUCUGGCAAGCUUAUUAGUGAUGGGUGGCGCUGUUUGGAGCUAUUUUCAAACCUUCUCCAUCAGACAAUCAACUUAUGCACCAGUGGUUAUGAUAGGAAGUGGUCUGUCCAUUAUGUACGUCAUGGCACUGAUCUUCAUCACCGAGCUGAUUGGGGAAAAUUAG